AUGGACCUCCGCACCGCCGUGUACAACGCCGCCCGCGACGGCAAGCUGCAGCUGCUCCAGAAGCUGCUGAGCGGCCGCAGCCGGGAGGAGCUGGAGGAGCUGACGGGCGAGGUGGCCGGCGGGGGCACGCCGCUGCUCAUCGCCGCCCGCUACGGCCACCUGGACGUGGUGGAGUACCUGGUGGACCGGUGCGGCGCGAGCGUGGAGGCCGGCGGCUCGGUGCACUUCGACGGCGAGACCAUCGAGGGCGCGCCGCCGCUGUGGGCCGCCUCGGCCGCCGGCCACCUGGCCGUGGUGCGCAGCCUGCUGCAGCGCGGGGCCUCGGUCAACCGCACCACGCGCACCAACUCCACGCCGCUGCGCGCCGCCUGCUUCGACGGCCACCUGGACGUGGUGCGCUACCUGGUGGGCGAGCACCAGGCCGACCUGGAGGUGGCCAACCGCCACGGCCACACGUGCCUCAUGAUCUCCUGCUACAAGGGCCACCGCGAGAUCGCGCGCUACCUGCUGGAGCGCGGCGCGCAGGUGAACCGGCGCAGCGCCAAGGGCAACACGGCGCUGCACGACUGCGCCGAGUCCGGCAGCCUGGAGAUCCUGCAGCUGCUGCUGGGCCGGCGCGCGCGCAUGGAGCGGGACGGCUACGGCAUGACGCCGCUGCUGGCCGCCAGCGUCACCGGCCACACCAACAUCGUGGAGUACCUGAUCGGCGAGCAGCCUCCCGCCGCCCAGGAGCAGCCCCCCGCCUCCGAGGGGCAGCCCCCUGCCUCCGAGGAGCAGCCCCCCGCCUCCGAGGAGCAGCCCCCAGCCCAGGGCUGCUGCCCCACCACCCGCGAGGCUGCCAUCGAGGCCCUGGAGCUGCUGGGCGCCACCUACGUGGACAAGAAGCGGGACCUGCUGGGCGCCCUCCAGCACUGGCGACGCGCCAUGGAGCUGCGGCACCAGGGGGGCCCCUACCUGCCCAAGCCGCAGCCCGCGCAGCUGGUGCUGGCCUACGGCUACGCGCGCGAGGUGACCACGGCCGCCGAGCUGGAGGCGCUCAUCACCGACCCCGACGAGAUGCGCAUGCAGGCCCUGCUGAUUCGGGAGCGCAUCCUGGGGCCCGCGCACCCGGACACGUCCUACUACAUCCGCUACCGCGGCGCCGUCUACGCCGACUCGGGCAACUUCGAGCGCUGCAUCCGCCUCUGGAAGUACGCGCUGGACAUGCAGCAGAGCAACCUGGAGCCUCUCAGCCCCAUGACGGCCAGCAGCUUCCUGUCCUUCGCCGAACUCUUCUCCUACGUGCUGCAGGACCGCGCCGCCAAGGGGGGCCCCGGCCCCCAGCUGGGCUUCGCCGACCUCAUGGGCGUGCUCAGCAAAGGGGUGCGCGAGGUGGAGCGGGCCCUGCAGCAGCCCCGCGAGCCGGGCGACGCGGCCCAGUUCACCAAGGCGCUGGCCAUCAUCCUGCACCUGCUUUACCUGCUGGAGAAGGUGGAGUGCACCCCGGAGCAGCAGCACCUCAAGCACCAGACGGUCUACCGGCUGCUCAAGUGCGCGCCGCGCGGCAAGAACGGCUUCACGCCGCUGCACAUGGCGGUGGACAAGGACACCACCAACGUGGGCCGCUACCCAGUGGGCCGCUUCCCCUCCCUGCACGUGGUGCAGGUGCUGCUGGCCUGCGGGGCCGACCCCGACAGCCGGGACUUUGACAACAACACGCCGCUGCACAUCGCGGCCCAGAACAACUGCCCAGCGGUCAUGAACGCGCUGAUCGACGCGGGCGCGCACAUGGACGCCACCAACGCCUUCAAGAAGACGGCUUAUGAGCUGCUGGACGAGAAGCUCCUGGCCAAGAGCACCAUGCAGCCCUUCAACUACGUGACCCUGCAGUGCCUGGCCGCGCGCGCCCUGGACAAGAACAAGAUCCCCUACAAGGGCUUCAUCCCGGAGGAACUGGAGGCCUUUAUCCAGCUGCACUGA